AUGACUGCCGCUGGGGACGUUACUGCAGUUCUGGUACUAGUUGAACGCCACCAUCAGUGUUUGGAGAUUCAAGGCACCGCUUUCUUUGCUGAAAAGUCUCUGGCUUCAGUUGAGGAUGCCAGCGACCAGCCAGUAACUAGAAAGGGAUGUCAUUCCAGGACAGCUCGUCGAACCACCGCCAUCAAAGCAUCGCCCGAGAGCAGCAGCACGCAACCUGAGAGUCCGUCGGCGGCCCCUGCUAACGACGAGGGGGAAGAAGGCAUCUCCGAUGCCGAAGUGCAAGCGAGCAUAGCCGCAGCGGCGGGGUUGCUCGGCGCUCCCGACUCAUCAGCACCAUGGUCGCUGAAGGAUGAAGUGGAGGGGAUGACGGAUGAACCGGUGUAUGUUCUCAGGAAGGAAAAGGCAAAGUCAAAGACUCCUAAGGAAGUCAUUUUUGAGUUGUUGUUUCUCCUAGGAGGGAUGCUGGACCGGCCGUUUGAGGACGGGGGCAGCUCGAUGGAGGCCUCGGCGGAGGUGGUCAUAGAGAGGAUCCAGGAGGAGAUGAACAAGGCUAGGGACCAGGGGGAAACAAACGAGAAGUUAACGGAGCUAGGCCGGUACGUGAACUUGCUAGCCAUGGAUAUGAAACUAGUAGGGGCGGCGCGGAAGUACGAUACGCUUCUGGCGCGGUGUAAAGUGGCGCAGGACAAGGUGAAGAGUGCGAUGCAGCGGGCGGAAGCUUUGGAUGCAUAGAAAUGUUGGAGGCUGACUUGCAAGCGGCGUUGAGAAAGGCGUAAAAUGGACGUGUUGUUGCUGGGAGCACAGUCAAUGGUCGCUAUGUUUGAGAUCGUUGAGGGCUUGCUUUUGAUAAGAAUUCUUUUGAAUGUGAGCCAUUACCUAGACUUUUCCAUGAUUGUCUGGUUUCAAAGUCCAUUUGCAGCCUUUGAAGUGCAUGCAUGUAGUACAGGAGCACUCUCUCACCUUCCAUGUCCUGAAACUGGCCCAGG